AUGAACGAUAUAGAGAAGCAAUCUACUAAAGGUAAUAAUAUCGAUAACAAUAGUUUAUUAUUACAAGAUGAAGCUGGGAUAUUAGGUGAAAUGGUGAAUUUAUCAAAUCAUUUGAACCAAACACCCGAUGAAGAUGCAGAAAAAAUAUAUCAGAGACGACAUUCUGUGAUGUAUAACGUUCCUAUAGAGAGAACAGAAGAUGAUAUAGAUGAUGAUAAUGAUGAUAAUGAUAUUGGGAGUGCAAACAUACAACCUAGUAUUAAUUCUAGUGAAGCAGAUUCGGUUCAGAAUUAUACAGGACAUCAUUCAGAUAGGCAAUCUACAAUUGAUAAAGUUGAAAGUAAUUCUAGUGAAGAUGAUACUUUACAAAAGAUUCAAACUAGAUAUUUUUCACCUAGAUUACAAAAUCAAAGAAAGAAAGUUUUUUUACAUUUUCUUUUAACUAUUUUGAUCUUUGCUGUGUUCAUGUUUACUGUCUUUACUCUAUUUUGGGGUUCAAAUGCUUAUACUGUUAAAUAUUUCCCACGUAUUAAGAUUUUGGCUGUAUUACAGGAUGAUAUAUUGACAUCUGAAAUGCAAGAUUUAAACGUUAUACCUUUAACUGCAAUUAUAAAUCAAAUGAUUCCAUUGAUGCCAGGGAAAUGGAGUGUUUAUAACACAAGUGAUUCAUUCAUUAAUAAAUACCACUUAUCAAAUUAUACUGAUAAAUCAGUGGCGAUCAAUGAGAAAGUAACAGAACGUAUAUAUCACGAAUAUUUUUGGCUUUCUUUGAAUGUUAAACCAAAUGCUACAUUACAACUUUUUAAUUCAAUUGUUAACAAUACAGCUACUCCAUUUAAUGCCUCGUCGGUGUUUGAAGUCAUGUAUGAAAGUGGGCGUGAUCCAUCAAAUUUGAAAACAGCAAUAUUACCAAUUAUGGAAGGUUUAGAUACUGCUUUUGAAGAAUAUUAUACUUAUAAUUAUUUACCAAGUUUAAUAACUAACAUUACUCAGACAUAUCCAAAUAUUACCUUCAACCCAUUAAGUCUUUCAGCUAUGGGUAAUCCAGGUUUCAAUUAUAUCGACUACAGACCAUUUUAUCGUCGUGGGUUAAUUACACCUGCGCAAAUUGGUAUCAUCUACGGUUUAAUCAUUACAGUUUUCCAAUUUUUGGUCUAUACUCCAUUGCAUAUGGAAAUGGCGAAAUAUUUGAAUGCUAAAAAUUAUAUUAUUUAUAGAAUCCUAAUCUCUUUCAUUACGUUUUUCUUCACAUCAUUGUUUUAUUGUACUGUGUCUGCAAUGUUUGGUUUUGAUUUUACAAAGGCCUUUGGCCGUGGUGGGUUCAUGGUAUAUUGGAUGUCCUCGUGGUUAUACAUGUUAGCCUGUGGUGGUGCCAAUGAAAAUGUUGUCAGCUUGAUUUUCUUAUGGAAACCUCAAUUCUUAGGGUUCUGGAUUUUAUCCUUUGUCAUCUUAAAUCUAGGCCCAUCAUUUUUCCCAAUGGCUCUAGAUAACGUGGUGUAUCGUUAUGGUUAUAUGAUGCCGAUUCACAACGCUGUAGGGAUCUUUAGAGUCAUUUUUAUGGAUACUUCAAAGAGACAUAUGGGUAGAAACUAUGGUGUUCUAGUUGCAUGGAUUGUAAUCAACACUAUUCUACAACCAUUCGUUAUUACAUUUGUUGGUAGAGUCAAUAGAAAGAGACAACAGGCUGCUGCUGCUGCAUCCACACCAGCUGAAUCUCAGAACAAAAAAUAG